GCAUAUGACCCAGUUUCGUGCUUUACACUAACACGUUCGCAUUGAUAACCGCAAUCGUGACAUUCUCGCAUAAUAAGGCCUACAUACGUAUAGGCAUUUCGUGUUAUGAAAACAUCUAGUGACUUACUGUACUACAAUAUUGACAAAAGAUAUGUGAGAAUAGUUUCUUGAAUUGAUCUAUUCAAUUAGAAGCAAAACAAUGUAUGGUGGUAAAGCAGUAGACUACGUUCUAACAAUAGUGGUUGGCUGGUUGGCGUGGAAACUAGUGCGGUUUAUAUGGAAACGAGAAGAACAUAAACGUAUUUUUGCGGAUAUACCAUUGUUAUGUCAUCACUGGUUCUGGGGUAUCACAGAAGAGGUAAAAAGUGUAAACGACCUAACCAUGCUUGCGCAACGCUUCGUAGAGAAGACUGGCGCCAAGUGGUUCAGCACUUGGCUGCUGUUCUUGGAACCCGCAGUGUUUCCGUGCCAUCCGGAUAUUUUCCGCGCAGUGUACUCCGCCAUUGAUGUGCGUAAGCGCCACGGCUGGGCUGGUCCAUACCGAAUGUUCGCUGCAUGGGCCGGUGAGGGAUUGUUAACAAGCAACGGCAAGAAAUGGGAACGUAAUAGACGCCUGUUGACUCCAGCAUUCCAUUUUGACAUCCUCAAGUCAUACGUCAACGUUUAUAACACUACGACCAGCAUAUUUAUGGAUAAGAUAGGACAAGCGACGUCUGACGGAAAGAGCGUUGACGUCUACCCCUAUAUCAGCCGCGCUACGUUGGACACCAUGUUACGUUGUGGGAUGUCUUACGUUGAUCCUAGUGUCCAGAAUGACGGUAAUCAGCACCCUUAUGUGUCUGCCGUCCAUAGAUUAGGUGCAUUAUUGUUCGAACGAUUGCUUAAACCGGUUCUAUAUUGGGAUUUUAUUUACUACAAUAUGACUGCAGAAGGCAAGGAGUUCCGAAAAUACUGCGACAAAGUUCACCAAUUUGCCGAUGAAAUCAUUUUGGACAGACGACGUUCAAUCAAAGCCCAGACGAGUGAUGAGUGUACGAAGAGGAAGCGCCACCUUGAUUUCUUGGACAUCCUGAUAACGGCACGUGACGACGCCGGCCUAGCGUUAACGGAUAAAGAGAUCCGGGAGGAGGUCGAUACUUUUCUUUUCGCAGGUCACGACACUACGGCUUCUGCCAUCAGCUGGUGCCUCUACAGCCUCGGUCUUCAUCCCGGCGUACAGGAUGCUGUGAGAGACGAAAUCGAAGCCAUACUUCCGGGAGACGAGCAACCUACGUCUGAAAUAAUUACACAGCUCCAGUAUACGACGUGCGUCAUCAAGGAGGUGUUGCGGUUCUUCUCGCCAGUGCCCGCCCAGUCACGCAUUCUGGCUCGACCUCUGACGAUGGAGGGAAAGACGUUCCCUGCAGGACAGAUUAUCGACAUCCAGCAGAAUGCCUUGCACCAUAAUCCCGCCGUCUGGGGCGAUGACCAUAAUGAAUUCAAACCCGAGCGAUUUCUCCCUGAGAACAGUGUCAAUCGAGAUCCAUUUGCGUUCCUUCCAUUUGCCGCCGGGCAAAGAAAUUGCAUUGGACAGCACUUUGCGAUGAACGAAAUUAAAACAUUUGUUGCUUCCGUAGUGAAACGGUUUACGUUGAAGGUUGACCGAGAUCGAACGGCUGUGCCGAUUGCAGAAAUUACAACUCGCGCUAAAGAUGGGAUUUAUCUUCACUUUCUGGAGCGGAAAUCCUCAGUGUGACGGGUUGGAGAUGGCGGGAAACUCUCAUCAACUAGAGCGGAGCCUGCAAAUAGAUGGCCGAAAUACAGUGACCUUUGAUUCGCGUCAAGUUCUUUCUUACAUAACGCAUGACCUAUCUUUGUUUUUAAAUCAAACCGGAUUGUAAUGCUGUCUGAGAAAAUUUAUGGUUAUAUGGGUCUCUAUGCGCUAAAGUUAGACUUUAUUAUUUGUCAAAGUUAUUGCUAUUGCAUUGUAUUUGUUAAGGAAAUCUUUAAGUAUAUUGUUACCUAUAUGAAAGUAUAAUGCGUAAAGGACAACCAUUUAAGAAGAAAUAGGAACGAGUGAA